AGCGUCUUAACAAGUUGAAAAUAGCGUAGUCUCAUUGGAAGGUUUCGAUGUGUCGCCCGCGCAGAAACCAUGUGCGUGCUAGAUUUUGAAGAUGGCGGUCGCGACAGUCAGUACGUCCUUCUUGGACAGUUCGUGGACAAUCAACAGCACCCUUCGACCCAAGGGAAAGUCAGUAGUACUGACGCAAACUGUACCAAACCACUACCGACGGCUGUAUCAGCUGUUGGAACAGGCUGUGGGCAAGCUGAUAUUGAAGAUGUUGAUAGCGCUAAGUCGAAAGCUGCUUGUAAAGUACGUCCUGAUGGUUUGUUGGCGAAAUUAGCGCUACCGUGCCAAGCUAACAAUGAUUACGAUUACGGGCAAUGUUAUAGUUACUAUUCCAACGGGUGUUAUAAUGUGUGUCAGUUCGUGGAGGUGGGUGACAUUGAAGAUUUUAUGAAUAACGAGAAACGCAAAGAGAAAUCUCGAGAUGCAGCACGAUCGAGACGAUCUAGAGAAACGGAAAUAUUUACGGAUCUUGGCAAUGCCCUACCACUCACGACGGAACAAAUAUCUCAUCUCGACAAGGCCUCCGUAAUGCGACUGGCUAUCUCGUAUCUUAGAGUUAGGGACAUGAUUAAUUUAAUGACGGUACUACCGGUGAAAGACAAACUAAUGCAAACAGUAAAAGACGAAUCUGUUUUUCUCAAAUCUCUGGAAGGAUUCGUGCUAGUCUUGUCUUCAGAAGGGGACUUUGUCUAUCUUUCGGAAAACGUUAGCGAUUACUUGGGCAUAUCACAGGUUGAUCUUAUGGGACAAAACGUGUUCGAAUACAGUCAUCCAUGCGACCACGACGAAAUUAGAGAUAUUUUGUCUGCAAAAACCAUGGAGGACGGUGAAACUCCAAAAUCGUUUUUUAUACGUUUAAAGUGUACGCUGACAAGCAAAGGACGUUCAGUAAAUUUAAAAUCAGCCACUUAUAAGGUGAUACACUGUACUGGUCACAUAAUUAAAGACACAGCAGAUGAUGACAAGAAGAGUCAGUUAUCCACCUGUCUUGUUGCAAUAGGUCAACCAAUACCACAUCCAUCAAAUAUCGACACCCCGUUGCCCAGACAAACAUUUUUAACUAAGCACAGCAUGGAUAUGAAGUUUACAGAUGCUGAUGAUAAAUUUAUGAUGGAUAUAUUAGGGUAUACCCCAGAAGAUCUCAUUGGUAAAUCUGUUUAUGACUAUCAUCACGCAAUGGACAGCGAUUCUAUCGGCUCCGCCUUUAAAUGCUUGUUUUCCAAAGGACAAUGCGAAACGAACCGCUACAGAUUCUUGGCUAAGACAGGAGGAUACGUGUGGGUCGUCACACAAGCCACCCUAAUCUACGACAAAGUACACAAGCCUCAAAGCGUCGUCUGCGUAAACUACGUUAUAAGUGGUGUUGAAAGCAAAGAUGAAAUCUACGCUGCCCAUCAGCUGGCCUCAGUAAAAUCGGAAGUAGCGUCAUCAACUUCUUCUGCCGCAUCGUCUCCCGAACCGGCUAAAAUCGCGUCAGAGGUGAUCGAGGUUGAUUCGUCGUGCGAUAAUAGUAGUAAAAAAGUGGUGGUCGAAAAAUUGGUACCCGCAGUGGUGCCUGUGAAAGUCAAAGGGCCGAUUUUGCCUGUGAGGCAAAGCAAGCCAGUGUCGGUGACGGCCAAGUUGUUCUCGUCGUACGAGCCGGCUAAAGAGGCCGAGCCGGUGGUGGCCAGGCCGCACACCGCAACCAAGACCAUCUUCGCACCUAGAACCGAGGAUAUGAGCAAGGGAUUCCUGACGUUUUCCGAGGAGGAACCAGGCCUAACAAUGUUGAAAGAUGAACCCGACGAUUUGACUCAUUUGGCACCGGUGGCAGGGGAUGUGUGCGUUCCACUGGACGACCAUCCUUUCCUGACAGACAUGUUGGACGACAUACUUUUAAAAGACAAUGGUUUCGGGCCUUUACUCAACGACGAACCUUCGGACCCAUUUAUUUCGUAUAGAGACUAUCGAGAUUCAUCGCCUCAGCUACUGUCACCUAAUUUAUCAAAGAGUUCAGAUUGCAGUUUACCAUCGUUAUGCAGCCCCAACAAUUCCCUAAUAGACGAAGACCAAAUGUCGACAUUUAUGAACCUGCAAAUGGACGACGAUAACGACUUAGUUAUGAAAGCCCCCUAUAUUCCGAUGAAUUUCUCCGACGACUUACCGCUUUUAAUGUCGAACGACCUGAUGUGGAAUAACAACGAGAAAAAUUUGAGCCCCAAUCGAAUACCCGAGAACAAUUCGACGCUGGCUCAGAUGCUCAGUUCGUCGGUGAACAAACACAGUCUGAAAAGUAGCGAUAGGGGUGGGGGAACGAUGGAAGACAGCAACAUAGAGAUGUACAAUGAAAAAAAUACAAACAGAAGUUGGAGUACAAAGUUAAGUCCAAAAAUGGAAGUGAACAGUAUAGGACAGAUAGACCGCUCGUCCAGUUUGAAACGGUCGAACAAUUCUUCGUACGACCACCAGAACAAGCGAACCAAAAACGAGCCCAAAGAGAAAAUGUCUUCGGAACUAUUACAACAGUUAAUGUCCAACAACCAUCACAGGGGCAGGCCCAAAAACAAGGAUAAUUGGCUGUUAAAUUCCGGAACCAAAGCCGCCUGUAUAUCGCAACCCAGCGACAGCGUGCUCAUGAACCUUUUGGCGGAAGAAAAGGAUUCCCCGAAAAUGUCAAUCCUGACGAAAGCCAAAGUGGUCACUCGUGAGAAAUUACUUCAGCAACUACAGAGGGAAAAGUUUAAAACGGAGGAGACUCGAAGGAAGCUGAUACGAAAAAACUCGCUGUCGCUUUUGGAUCCGGAAGCUACCGGAAUACCGUCGCUUCUGGACUUGACGCAACAAGAUUACGAAGUGAACGCUCCUGUAAACAGUUCGCUGUUACAAGGGGAGGAACUGCUCAUAGCACUGGACAUCACCAAGAACAUUUAGCUAGGCGCUAGCGCUAUCGCUAACACCAGAGAUAGCGAAGCCGACCAAGUUCGAGAGUUUGAAAUACCGUUAAUCAUCCUGGAUGGAGACAAUAUCGGUGUACAAAAUUACGAGAUUAUUAUUUUGAAUUGCUAAAUAUAUAAUAUAGAAUAAUAUAAUCAUCUAGUGUACAGUUGCGAGAUAUUUAAAACUGCUGAAAAUUUUUCGCAUAUCGUUCAUAGUUUGCUAUUUAAAACUCCCUCAUCGCCUCAAUAGUUAUUGUAAGGAUUAUUGUUAAAAGCAAUUUGAAACACAGUUGUUAUUAUAUUUGUUUCAAGAAUAAGUAUAAGUAGAAAUAAUAAGUGUUUAUAUAUUAGGUAUCAUUUCAUACAAAAAUGCGAAAAAUUUUCAGACAAAUUAUAUAUAUAUAUAUAUAUAUAUAUAUAUAUAUAUAUAUCAUAAAAUUUUAAGAAGUAUAGCAGCAGGUGUCUUAUAGAGUGGGUAAUAUUUUCCUAAAUGCAUUUAUGAGUUAAUGAUAGGAAAUUAUAGACUAAAGAUAAUUACAUAAGAUUUAUUUUAUAUUGACGAACAUGAGUAGAACUUACCAAGAUUUCUGCAGUAAAUAACUCAUUCAAGAUACGCUUAGAUACAAUUUUAGAUUCUUUUUUACUUUUGUUUCAAAUAUUGUUCUCUGUAAUUAUGAAGUAAUGUAGUGUUUUUCAAUUAAAAAACAUUUUUUUUUUAUUUACUGCCGUUUUAGUUUAGUUUUUUUCUAUUUAAUUCUCAUGUAAUAAAUCCGUUUUUAUAGUCAUCUGCAAUCUUGUACUUUGAGUCAGCUAUUUAUUUUUGAUUAUAUGUCCAAUUAUGAGAAUCACUUCGUGGAGUCUCAACAAAUACAUACGUUCAUUUCAAGCUCUCUUUUUGUAUAUUCCACUAAUAUAUGAUGUCAAAAUUGUAUUUAUUUUUUUAUUCGCAAACCAAAAAUGUAACUUUCAAAAGUAAAACUAUUACUGGAACAUACAAAUAAUUUCUGCAUUGUCUACGGGUAUUAUAAUUCUAUAGACAGUGGUUUUUAUAAGCUCAUUCACAUUUUUAGGUACCAUAAGUCACUUUAGCACUAACAUUACUAAAUGAAUACACAGUUUUGUUUGUAUAUUUAAUUGUUCUGUAUAAAUUUUUUGUUUUAUUUUAAUUAUUGUUUUGUGAACAGAAAUGAAUUUUCCUAUAAGAAUGGGAAAACUCAAUAAAUUUUAUAUUUUCGUAAUUUUUACGGCAUUUUUGGAAGUUACAACUCUUUGAAUGUACAGGGUGAGUUCAUUAUUUCCUUUGUUUUGAAAAGUUAAUUUUGCUAUUUAAAAAAUUAGAUUUUUUAAUUUUUAACAGUCGAAAUUACAGUUAAAAAUAAAAUAAAAAAGAGUGUUACAUUAAAAAAAAAACAUUAAAUCGUGUGUCACUUUUCUAUUAAAAUUUUUGUCGUAAAAAUUCUCAAAAAAAAUGAGGUAAUGAGGAACUUAUCUUGACUCGCUCGAUACUAAAGUUCGAUAAUAAAACAUAGAUACCAGUUUUACAAUUAUUUAAUGUAUUCCGAAAAAGAAUUAUUUUUAAAGUUUUUCAUAUGGACUUCUAAAAAUGUUGUAAUAUAUCGCAACAAACUGUUAUUUUACCUUAUAGCAACGGUUUGUUUUUUAUCUAAUUUUUA